AUGAAUGAUCCUGGCUCUCUGGAUUCUACUUCUUCUUUCAGCACAACUUUUGUGUUUAGCAUUGUUCCUUCUUCAGCUUCACAAUCUGGGUUCGGACUUGCGUUUAUCAUGACGCCUUACAGAUCUCCAGAGGGAUUUUUAACAGGUCCGUACCUUGGCUUGAUUAGCAAUUUAUCAGCUAUGGGACAGGCCUCUAAUCAUCUGUUUGCAGUCGAGUUCGACACAACAAUGAACUUGGAAUUUAAGGAUAUCAACAACAAUCACGUUGGUGUGGAUCUCAACAACCUCAUAUCUGUAGACUCUAAACCUGCGGGUUACUGGAUUAGCAGCAGACAAUUCCAGGAAUUGGAUCUCAACAGCGGACAGAAUAUUCAAGCUUGGAUUGACUACGACAGCAAUCAAAACGAGCUCAAAAUCACCAUUGUGGAAGCUGGUCUUGAUCGCCCACAAAAACCACUGUUACAUAUGAAAAAUGUAUACCUGUCCAACAUUCUACAAGAAGAAAUCUACGUUGGUUUCUCAGCAGCUACGGGACUCAUUAGUGAAGAGAAUAACAUCCUGGCCUGGAGCUUUACCACAAACGGAAUUGCCCCACCCUUGAAUACGUCUAAUCUUCCAUCCUUUAUACAUACAACAUCCAAGGUCUCAAACUCCAGACUAAUACCUGGCAUUACCGCAGCUAGCGUCGUCCUCAUUCUCCUGGUGGUGGCGUCAUCACUUGUGCUGUUGAAGAGAAACCAGCACAGAGAUCUUAUAGAAGAAUGGGAGGUUGAGUAUUGGCCUCACAGGUUUAAGUAUAAGGACCUACAUAUUGCAACUAAGGGUUUCCGAGACGAACAACUUUUGGGAUCUGGAGGCUUCGGCCGGGUAUACAGAGGUGUCCUUCCCACAAAUGGCCUCCAAGUAGCGGUGAAAAGUUUCCUUAGAGAAAUCGAUGAUGGGGUGAAAGAAUUCAUAGCAGAAAUAUCCAGUCUUGGUCGGCUUCAACAUCGAAAUCUUGUCCAGAUCAGAGGCUUCUGCAGGCGGGUGAGCCAGCUAUUCAUAGUUUAUGACUACAUGCCGAAUGGGAGCCUGGACAAGAUGAUAUUUGGAAACCCAAAGAAGAUGCUGGACUGGGAUCAGAGAUACAGAGUGAUCAGAGAUGUCGCUGCAGGUUUGUUGUAUCUUCACGAAGAGUGGGAGCAAUGCGUAGUGCACAGAGACAUUAAGUCCAGCAAUAUUUUGCUAGACUCGGAGCUUAAUGGGAAGCUUGGGGAUUUUGGGCUUGCCCGUCUGUACGAGCAUAACCAAAACUCACACACUACUCAUGUGGUUGGAACGCUGGGGUACAUCGCACCAGAGUUCGUACAGACAGGAAAGGCCAGCCCCGCCACAGAUGUGUUCAGCUAUGGGAUUUUUAUGUUGGAGGUUGCAUGCGGAAGGAGACCUGUGGAUGUCUCCCUCCAAUCUGAAAAAAUAGUUCUGGUGGACUGGGCGAGAGAGUUACAUUGCACAGGAAGUCUCAUGGAUGCAGCCGACCCAAAUCUUGGCGGGCAAUAUAUUGAAGCCGAGAUGGAGAGAGUGCUGAAAUUGGGUCUGAUCUGUUCGAAUCCUCGCCCAGAAAGCAGGCUUGGUAUCAGGCAAGUUUUCCAUAUACUAAAUGAGGCAACUCCAAUCCUAGGUUUUGACUCUCCGUCUUAUUUCGAGACGACUCCACCCGACAGUACGUGGAACUCUUUUCAAUACUACAGUAGCAGCACAGAUGCUUCCAUUUCCAUGUCAAACUAG